AUGGGGGCCCGUGGCGGGGUGGCAGCUGGCGCCCGCGGUGGCGGCGUCCGGGUCAGUAGUCCCAGCCACCCCCGCGGGGUCUGCGCCCUUGACCCGGUGAAGCCAGGUGGAAAGCGGCCCGAGCGCGUCCCCGCCGGCGCCCCCAGCACACCUCUGGCGGCCGGACGUGCCCGGCUCCGGCGCCGCCACUUGGGCCUCUGCUGGUCUCUGCUGGUCUCUCUGGAGGCCGGCGGCCUCCAGCGGCGGCCAGGAGCCCGGAGGGGGACCGGCGGGCCCCCGGCCCCGCGCGCCCUCGGUGCCCUCCGCGCAGCCCCCGCCCGCCUCCGGGAACUGGGGGGCGCGGGCGGGCCGGGAGGCGGCGGCAGCGGCGCGGGCGGGCGGCGGGCGGAGGCGGGGCUCCCCGCGCGGGCCAGGGGCGGAGCGAGCGGCCGCGCCGCGGCACCAAGUGAGUUGCUCCGGAGCCCGCGCCGCCGCCGGCCCGCACCUCCCGCGCCCGCCGCCCCCGCCGCCGCCCGCCGCCCGCCUUCCGCGCGGGGAUGUAGGAUGCUGGCGGGCGCCAGGCUCCAGCGGCGGCGGCGGCAGCUGCAGCAGCAGCCCCGGCGGCGGCAGCCUCUGCUCUGGCCGAUGAAUGCGGACCCGCCGCCGCCGCCGCCGCCGCCCUGGGUUUGGCUGGUCCCCGGCGCGGCCGGGCUGCUCCGGCUCGGCGCGGGGGUCGCGCCCCCGCCGGUGCUGCUCGCCGCGGCCCAGCCCCCCGCCGCCCCGCUGCUCCCCGCGGUGCCCGGCUGGCAAGCCCCGGGCGAACCCCUGCUGCCGCUGCUGCCGCCGCCCUCAGCGCCAGACCGCGCCGCCGCCGCGCACCCCCCCUGGCUCCCGGGGCAGGUAAGGUGCCUCCCCCCGCUCGGCCUCGGGCCCCCCGGCUCGCCCCUGCCCCCUCGGCGCGGCCCUCGUCCGGCCGGGGCGGCUCCGGCCCUCCGGCUGCGCGCUCCCGCCUCCCGCCUCCCGCGCGGGUCCUUGACGCCCCAGAUGCUCGGGACGCAGCCCGGCGGCCUGCCUCGGCGAGAAAGUUCCUGCUUCGACGUCCCCUUUGGCCCCCGGCAGCCUUGGCUGCUGGCCUUGGCGGCGGGCCGACCACCCUGGAGUUCCGUCCGCGCAGCCACAACUUUGGCCCGAGCCCGGGGUCGCUGUCCAGGGCGCAGUGCCGAGGUCGCCGCCGCCGGAGCCGAGCGCUGCAGCCGUGUGGAGCUGGCCGACUCGUCUCGGAGAAGUUAA